UGGUUCACUUAAGCCCCUUGUGUUGUCUUCGCAUCGACGGAACGGAAGUAGAACUUUCCGACCAAUCUCGAAGAUUGUCUGCGAAUCAAAAUAGUUCUUAAAUAUCUCCAAGGUUUAAAGUUUAAACACUGAGAUCACUCUAUAUCACAAAUGGAGCUCAAUUUAUCUUCGAUGGCUUUAACAAACACCAAAAUUAUACCCACCAGAAGUUUCUUAAACCCAUCAAAAUCUCUGUGCCAUCAUCAGCUUCCAAGAGUUUCAUUCUCUGUUUCUUCUCCGUAUUCUCUCAAGCUAAUGACUUCAAGAAAGGUUAUAGCAAUGGCUGGUGCAAGUUCCAGAGACUUGGAGAUGUCGAAUUUAACAGCAUUAUCGCCUUUGGAUGGACGUUACUGGGGGAAAGUUAAGGAAUUGGCUUCUUCUAUGAGUGAGUUUGGAUUGAUCUAUUUCCGUGUACUUGUCGAGAUCAAAUGGCUUCUUAAGCUUUCAAAUAUUCCUCAAGUCACUGAAGUUCCAAGCUUUAGCAAAGAAGCUCAGAUUUACUUGCAUGGCAUAAUCGAUGGAUUUAGCAUGGAUGAUGCAUUGGAAGUUAAGAAGAUCGAGAAAGUAACAAAUCACGAUGUGAAAGCAGUGGAGUAUUUCUUGAAACAAAAAUGUGAAUCACAUCCAGAGAUUGCUAAGGUUCUUGAGUUUUUCCAUUUCGCUUGCACGUCUGAGGACAUCAACAAUCUUUCCCAUGCUUUGAUGCUUCAAGAAGCACUUAGUUCGGUUAUACUUCCAGCCAUGGAUGAGCUGAUCAAGUCUAUCUCUCUGAUGGCUAAGAGCUUUGCAUAUGUCCCCAUGCUUUCACGUACUCAUGGACAGCCAGCUUCACCUACAACUUUGGGGAAAGAAAUGGCGAUUUUUGCUGUGAGGUUAAGCGAAGAAAGGAGAUAUCUUUCAGAAACCAAGAUUAAGGGGAAAUUUGCGGGUGCUGUUGGGAACUACAACGCCCAUAUUUCUGCGUAUUCUAAUAUCGACUGGCCUCAUGUUGCAGAGGAGUUUGUUACAUCUCUUGGAUUAACAUUUAACCCAUACGUGACUCAGAUUGAACCCCAUGACUAUAUGGCUAGACUUUUUAAUACAAUUAGCCAAUUCAACAAUAUCUUGAUUGAUUUUGACAGAGAUAUAUGGAGCUACAUAUCUCUAGGGUACUUUAAGCAGAUAACUAAAGCGGGUGAAAUCGGAUCAUCGACAAUGCCUCACAAAGUGAAUCCUAUUGACUUUGAGAACAGUGAAGGGAAUCUAGGUAAAGCAAAUGCAGAGCUUGCUUUUCUCAGCAUGAAGCUUCCCAUUUCACGAAUGCAGCGUGAUUUAACCGAUUCAACUGUCUUGAGAAACAUGGGUGGAGCUUUAGGACAUUCUCUUCUGGCUUACAAGAGCGCGAUACAGGGAAUUGGGAAGCUUCAGGUUAAUGAAGCUCGGUUAAAAGAAGAUUUGGAUCAUACUUGGGAAGUCCUCGCUGAACCGAUACAAACUGUGAUGAGGAGAUAUGGUGUUCCAGAGCCGUAUGAGAAGCUGAAGGAGCUAACAAGAGGAAGAGCUGUGAAUGAAGAAAGCAUUAGAAAGUUUAUUACAGGUUUGGAAUUGCCUGAAGAAGCAAAAGACCAACUUUUGAAGCUAACUCCACACACAUAUGUUGGCGCUGCUGCUGCAUUGGCACUAGCCGUGGAUGAAGCUGUGCACUUGGGACAUUAAUAAUAUGAUCAAAUCGGUGUAGAUGAUGCUGCUUGUUGUAUUAUGAUUUUCUUUGCCCAAAUCAAAUGGGAUAACAAGAAUCAAUUUUGACUUUCAUUAUAAAGUUUGCAGAUUCUGACAUUUUAAAACAUAUAUUUAUAGAUGUCGAAAAGUUUUAAACAUGAGAUUGUUCUCUAAUGAAACCACUGGCAAAGGAUGGGACCAAAAUGAAUGCAGAGGAAUUAUGGAGUUUUACUUGGUGACAAACCUGAUUUUCAUGUCGCAAUGCCGCCUGAUAAAGCGAAACCGUUUUACGCCUCUUUAGUCGAGAAAUUCCAGAAAGCAUAUAAUCCCGAUGCAGUAAAAGAUGGUGUGUUUGGAGCUACGAUGCAGGCGGAGAAAAACGAAUUAUGGGAGGAAAAGCUGGUGUUGAAGGCGGAUAAGGAGAAGGUGGUGCAACAGUUGAAAUCUAUGGCGUUUCCAUCACCGGGUUUCAUCCCCUCGCAGCAUUCAGCAGCUUUCCAUCCCAAUAAUAUGCCGGUUUAUUCGAGUUACAGUUACUAUCCUCCAAACAUGGCAAUGUGGUCACCCUUACCUCCUGCUGACCGUGAUACGGUCUCGUGAUCACAAAAAUCUUCCUCCUGUUGAUUCAUCAUUGAUCAUAAUCAUCAAUCGCUUAGGAAUUUUGUUUCUUCAGAUGAUUCUUUAUCAGUAGUUUUGCAGUAACCA